AUGGCUAUAAAACUGGCGUCCGAAAACUAUCCAAAGAAAAUGCUUGAUGGGUGGUACUGCCGCUCUAUAGCAAAUAUGCAAGCCAAUGAAGAAGCUAGUGUAAACAGCAGUGCAGUUGUUGACACUUCUCAAGGAGAAUCUAAUAAGGACUAUUCUAGUGAUAGCAGUAGUGAGGCUGAAGAAGAACUUAACUAUCGAGCUCAAUAUUUAGGUCUCAAAAAGAAGUUGAAGUACUUGAUAUAUGAAAAUGAGUGCUUCCAAGAUGCUUUAAGAUCUAGUCAAAAGAGACUGCUAAAGGUGUCAAGAGAUAGAUCAUUCCUUUUAGACAGAUUACUGCAACAUGAAAAACCAGACAGUAGCACCUCCGAAAGUGAAGACACAGAAUCUUCUGAUGACACAAGUGCAAACAAUGAUACAGUAAAGAGAAAGAAAAUGGAGACAAAUGUCAGUCAAGCGGCAGCAACAACCCCAUCAACAAAUAAAAAUGUCAAUAGUAAUAUCAAAAGGAAAAGAGCUGUUCCAAAAAAAACACCAAAUAUCAAUAACCCUCAUCAAAGCACUAUAAAUAUGAUGGCUAAGACUUCAUCAUCUCUUGGACUUGGAAUAAAUGCAAGUGAUGGCCAUAUGACGCCUGAGGAAGUUGAACGUCACCUUCAGUCAAGACAGUCAUAUAUGAAGUUAUUACCUGAAAGAGCUCCACCCACAGUUCCGACAGAGAUGUUUAGCAAUGAUCCUUCUCUUGAUAGUGAAUCAAAUGAUGUGUUGGAAACCUCACCAAUAGUUGAAGAAUGGUUUGAUUAA